CACCACAGAUGCCUUUCACGUUGGUCGUUCUGGUAUUGUUUCUGGGCCUUGUGUAUGGGGAACGAUCUUGUCUUUUAUCGGGAAAGCAUUCCUUAAAUGUAAGGACUCGGCCAGAAUGUGCCAUUUUGUGUGGGAUGCAGUCAGAAUGCUUAUCUUUUUCCGUCUGUGAAAACAACGAACAAAACUAUUGUGUGACGUAUGAAAAGAGAUUGGAUAACGCAUGCGUGAACAUUUCUCUGAUGGUUUAUUGUGAAAAUUUUGUAAAGAUGGAGAGAUCAGUAGAUCGCAUAUCGCUAUUAUCUUCAACUUCUUCAACGUCAUCGACAACAACGUCAUCGAUAUCGUCAUCACCAGCUGCCAAUGAGGCGACUACUACAUCGUCUUGUGGAAUGCCAUCAGAACUUUGCCAAGGAGAUUAAUCCAGUUUAAGAAAGACUUUGUGAAUCAAUAUAUUUUUUUUAUAAGUGGCUUUAUGGUUUUUUCUUUACAAAAAAAGCUGUAAAAUAUAUGAUUGAAACUUAAAUUUAAAACUAUCUUAUAAAAAAGGAACAUAGAACUAGAGUAUCUGAAUACA